ACGACUCCUCACCCGAGUGAUACAGGGUGGCAAAAUUGACCCAGCAUGCCUGUACCCGAUGCCUUCCACCCGGAAGUCCCCAGAAAAGCCACCCAGGCAGGCAGGAGCCUGAGUUCUGGAUACUCUCUUUUGCUCCUUAAAUUCGUUUUGCAUUUUAAAAAGAAAGCAAGCUACUUUGGGGUACUGCAUAAAAUGUGGUCUUCCCAGAAGGGAGGACGAAAGGCGCUCAGCCUGAGUAAGGCUGGUCACUUUAACUUCCUGGAGCCAGGGAGCUUUUAAGGAGCAACGUGUAGCACUGUGACAGUCCUCUGCAAGUGGGCCUGCUCUCCACAGAGCAUUGCUCCGGUGGUGGUGGGCGUUGGAUGUCCCCCAGAGCCGAGAACCCAGAUCUUUGGUGAGGGGGCAAGAAGUGCCAUACGUAGCCCUUCCAGCUUCCUAGGACAGUGGUCUCAGCCCGCGGGCCCCACCUCGUGGCCCGCCUGACUGCCCCCAGGAGCUGCUGAUGCUGAGGAGUCUCUGGCCCCAGGUUCAACUUCAGUAAGACCUAGCCAGCCCUUGAUCACAGGACUGCUCUGACAGCCAUGCUCAAGCCCGGCCCAGUUGAGCCCGGGUCACCUGGGAAUAGGUUCAAAGGCAAGGAAGCUGUAAACCACCUCCAGGCCCCCGCUAGAGCGGCCUGGCGAACAAAGAGACCCCGAGCACUUCAAACGCGCUGGCGCUCAGCGUCCAGAUGGCAAAGGGCCGGGGUCCACCGUGUCUGUUCACCAAGGCCUGGCCCAAUGUUCUGCAUCCCUGAGCCCUCCUGCCGAAGCUACCCACCAGUGUGCCUAGGGCAGGGGACUUCGAGGAGGGUCAUUCCUCUCCGUAUUCUCAGUGUUCUGGGUCCACUACUUGCUUGCAAACCAAGUAAAGUGCAGAGGCUGAGGUUGAGCCCCAAGCCGGGACCCAACACUCAGGGCAGGGCCAGGCAGGCGGGCGUGGCGGGCACCCGGCGCUCCCGCAGAGGCUCGCUGUGGUACCUAAGCAUAAAGCAUUCAAGGGGGGAAGUUCUGAAAAGGUGUCCAGACCGAAGUUCCGCCAGAAAAUCGGAAUUAAAAAGUGGUCCCCGACUCGCAUUUUGGCUGGAGCGGGGCGGCGUCUCUAUGGCUCCUAGAGACGAGAUCGUAGGGGUGGAUGGACAUCUCUGCCAGCACGCGAGUAUCUGCCCUGCCAGGGGUCGUGGCUCUGCCUGCACAGCUCCACUCACAGCGGGCAGGAUCGCGUUGCUGGCGGUGAGGUCUCAGUGCGCGCCCCAAGAGGCUCCCGGCUGCGUCCUUGGUCCACGGAGCACAUCUGGGCUUGGACUCGCCUCCUCCACCCCUCGUGGAGACCCUGAACCCUGGCAGGGCCAAAUCUGCUCCACGAGGCUCAGACAAAGCCAGGCCCGGUGGAGCCUAGAGUCAGCACCGCUGAUUAGCGGCCCGCGCCUUAGGUAGGAGCGCAGACUGCACGCGCGGACCCGGCCUCCGACAUGCCGGCCACAGUCAGGGCCGAAAAAGAGGAGACAAAACUGAAAGUGCCGCCCCCCCUCGGGGAUGGGGGGGGGGGCGGCCGGCGAAGGCCCCAGAACUUGUCCUGCCCCUGGCCACCGUGGCCAAUCAGCGCGCCGCCCUCGCUCAUGACAGCUAUUUAGCAACCCAGCCGGGAUAGAGUUUCCAAAAAAGUUAGAAUAACUUCCUCUCCCGGAGACCUCGGUUUUGCACAAGCCGGCCUCGAAAUCAGAGACUUUGCAAGCGACCCAGGAGCCUGCGCUCCGCGGCCGCGGGCUUGGCCAGCGGCGUGCGCUCGGCGCCCCCCAGCCCCACGCGCGCCGGGCGGGCGCCAUGGAGGAGGGCUCCAGCUCGCCGGUGUCCCCCGUGGACAGCCUGGGCACCAGCGAGGAAGAGCUGGAGCGGCAGCCCAAGCGCUUCGGCCGGAAGCGGCGCUACAGCAAGAAGUCGAGCGAAGAUGGCAGCCCGACCCCGGGCAAGCGCGGCAAGAAAGGCAGUCCGAGCGCGCAGUCCUUCGAGGAGCUGCAGAGCCAGCGCAUCCUGGCCAACGUGCGCGAGCGCCAGCGCACCCAGUCGCUCAACGAGGCCUUCGCCGCGCUGCGCAAGAUCAUCCCCACGCUCCCCUCUGACAAGCUCAGCAAGAUCCAGACGCUCAAGCUGGCCGCCAGGUACAUAGACUUCCUCUACCAGGUUCUGCAGAGCGACGAGAUGGACAAUAAGAUGACCAGCUGCAGCUACGUGGCUCACGAGCGUCUCAGCUACGCCUUCUCCGUGUGGCGCAUGGAGGGAGCGUGGUCCAUGUCCGCCUCCCACUAGCGCCCGCCGCGCCACCCACCUCCGGACCCGCACGCCAGGACCCACCUGCACGCCUCGGCGUAAGUGGAACUGGAUGCAUCUGCGGCUCUGACUUUUGACAUCUGGAAAACCUUGUGGCCCGGCAUACCCCCAGCGCCCCAGCACUCCAGCUGAGAGUUCAGAGGGGACAGCAGACCCGGGUUCACAUCCUUCUCAGAGAUGCCCCAUGGGAUGGGCACCAGCUGUCCUGCCAGUGACUUCUGUGGCCUCAUCUCCUUAUCAUUGGAUCAUUCUCCUGGGUUUUGGUUUGGGGGAAUCUUUCUGGAAAGUUCUAGAUUCAGAAGUGCAUCUGUAAGGAUAUAUUGGAUUGUAUUUCCCUCUAAGUGCCUUUUUUAAUGUAUAUUUUUAAAUAAAACAGAAAUGCAUUCUUGUAGAACCUGUUUAAACUGGACCAAGGCUCUCAGAACAAGAACCCAAGACCCCUCCCGCCCCAGACCUCCCGUGACUGUUUCAAGGAAGCCUGGAAUUCUUGCCCGCACACUCCUGCUCUUUAUUUCUCCAUGGCCUGCUCAGCGAGCCAUUUUUUAUAUUCCCUGUUCAGUGUAUAUGUUGCUUAUUUGUUUAUUUAUUGAGAUAUUUUACCAGCUA